AUGGUUUCGUUGCCGUACCAGCAAUGGAUGGAUCAAGUGGCUCUCGAGAGGGAGAGGAUAAUGGAAGACGUCCAAAAGCAUCCCGACAAAUACGUGGGCUGUUACUAUCAUACCAUUAUCAACAACAACGUCAAGAAGAGUUGGCUUGACCAAGGCAUCUGGAGAAAACGUUGGCGCCACGGAAUACCAUGGGGCUGCUGGAGGCAUGAAGAGCCGUCAGAGUCAGAUUCUGAGGCCGACGUCGAGCACGAUCCACUACCAGGCUUCAACCUUUUUAUGCCGUCACCUCAGCAGCCAGACGCACAACGCCGGCAGCAAACUGAUGAGCAACGGGAAAGUCGCAAACGCAAGCGGCAAAAACUUGUAAAUGCCUCUCGCCCGUUUAACCAGUUCAACUACCAAGUUGCCAGGGAAAGCGAACGGUUAGAGGCCCAAUCGAAGACGUCUGUCGUCCUCGGGAAUCUCGAUGUUAACACCGUUGCUUACCAAAACGUCAAGAAAGACUGGAAACGGAGAAAUAUCUGGGACAACGAAUGGGAUAUACUACCUGGAGCGUCGUGGAAACAUGAGCGGCCGGUUGAAUUGCCGCCGGCGCCUCAAGUUGACCCGCCUCAUGACGACCGUCUCCAGGCACCAACUUCAACAGUUUUUGGCUGGACACCUAUAUUUGAAAGUCCUUCUACAAGAGGAUCCAACACGCGGUCCCUAUUUGGCGCUGGUGAUUCAGUGCUCUUUCCUACAGCAACCGGAACCAGAGACCACCACGCCGUGGACAUCCAAGCAGAACCACAUGCAUCAUCAUCGCCACCAGAGGGUUCCCCCUCAGCAUGCAGACGGCACUCUCUGCCCACUCAAGCUUCCCUGCCGGAGACUCAUAGUCCGCCAUCAAAUCCAGACGAGGGCGAGCCAGUCGAUGAUGAGCCAAAUCCAACAAGAGCGCCCCUGUGGAGGAGUAAACGGUUGGCAAAUGCAACCAAGGAGAUGAAUAAUCCAUCUGGAAUUGUUUCGAGACUUGUUGGCGAAACAGUACAGCCGUCUGAAGGACUAUCCCAGCCUCGUGGUAUAGGCAAGCGAAAGUGUUCAUCUCAACAGCGGCCAAGAAAACAAAGGAAAAGACGGUGA